GGCAGGCACCAGGGAUCGAGGAGGAACUAAAAAGUUAUCGACUUUCAGUGUGGCUGGAGUGGCUCAGUCUCUGUGCAGCCUGGGGCGCUGGGGGACUCUGCUGCAGCUCUUCCUGCACCAUGAAGGAGACUCUGUUCAAGGGGAACUUCUGGAGUACCGAUUUAACGAGCACAGUUGGCUACGACAGCAUCAUUCAACAUCUGAAUGAUGGCAGGAAGAACUGCAAGGAAUUUGAAGACUUUCUGAAGGAAAGGGCAACUAUAGAAGAAAAAUAUGGCAAAGAACUCAUUAACCUGACAAAGAAGAAGCCUUGUGGGCAGACAGAAUUGAACACCCUGAAGAGAGCUCUUGAAGUGUUUGUAGAUGGCGUAGGGCAGAGUCACAUUCAGUUGGCCCAGACCCUUCGGGAAGAGGCAAGGAAGAUGGAGGACUUCAGGGAAAAGCAAAAACGUCAUCAGAAAAAGCUGGAGCUUGUAAUGGAUGCUAUUCAUAAAAAUAGGAAUUUGCAGUACAAGAAAACAGUGGAGGCAAAGAGGCUGUAUGAGCAGCGAUGCAGGGAUAAAGAUGAAGCGGAACAGGCCGUGCACCGCAAUGCAAACCUUGUAACACAAAAGCAACAAGAAAAGCUGUUUGUAAAGUUGGCUCAGAGCAAGUCAGCUCUGGAAGAUUCUGACAGACAAUAUCAGCUGAAUGUUGGUGCGCUUGAGAAGAUCAGGGAAGAAUGGCAGAAUGAACACACCAAAGCCUGCGAGUUCCUUGAGACCCAGGAGUACGAACGGAUAAACUACUUCCGCAAUGCGCUGUGGCUACACCUUAACCAGCUCUCUCAGGAGUGCGUCCAGAGUGAUGAGAGAUACGAAGAAACCCGGCGGAGUCUAGAAAUGUGCAGCAUCGAGAAGGAUAUCGAAUUUUUUGUCAAUUUCCGUAAAACCGGAAGUAUGCCCCCAGCUCCUGUGAUCUAUGAAAAUUACUAUAACACACAAAGAAAUACAACUUCAACAAGAAAUCAGGCCCCAGCACCUGGGAUAGGGAGGAGAGGACCAUUACCAAUCCCUGUGAGUGGGCCAGGUGACCCUGAUUACGCUACGAUUGAUGGUUACAGUUUAAUACAUCACUAGCCUGAGCUGGUCUCAAAGCUGCUUGCCCAGUAGUGCCACUGAGUGCAAAAAUUAGUCGUCUGAUCCACCCAUCCGAGACCAUGUAUUCAGUUGCAAUUCCAGCAUCGGGCCCAGUGAUACAGCAUGGAACUGUUUCUUCUUUUAAAAAAUAUUUUGAAACUUUAGGGUAAUUAUUUUGUAUGUUUUGAGGAUCCACACGAGGUCCAACAAGGUCCCUCUUCCUUCACGGCGACAAACUACACGGGCUGAUGUCCUAUUUUCAAGGUCAGAAAGGAGGACGUUGAAUCUCUGAAUAAUAUUCGCUGAUCCAAUGGAAUCUCCCCUAUCAAUAAGAGAGGCUUGUGUUCUGGUGUUGGUGGCAGUUCUUUGUGAUGUGCAAACCUCAACAUCUGUGUGGAAGACUCUAAAGGAUUUAAAAAAAAAAAAAAGAAUCUCUGCUCACCAUGACGACUGAGAAUUCACAUGUGCCACCGUCGUGCUGCCAAUGGGAAUCAUGUGCAGUGCUUUGGGCAUGCCGGGGCGUGUGCAUAGUACACAGGUCACAGUAAGGUUUGGGUCUGGUACGCUUGAUUUUCACCAGGGUGAUUAAGAUCAUAGCCUAGCCCUAAUUGUGGGAGUGCUCAUUAGACUGCUUACUCAUGGCAACGCUGAGAGUUAGAACUCGAGAGGUAUUUAUAUGGCUGUACUGUGCAUUUGCGCCAGGCUACGCAGUGAUAUUGGAAGAAGUUGAUUCAUAUCCUGUCUCUAUCUAUCACGCUUCAGGAGCCUGUUUGGAUGACAUGAAUGGUCCAUUGACUUAAAUAUGGGUUCUGAUGAGAGGAAGGUGAACAAGUUAUGGCCCUUCAGUAGUUACCUACCUCCCUUCCCGGGUUCUAUUGUGUCAUAGCAGUACAAUACAAAACCAUCCUUGCAGGUCCAGGCUGGUGCCCCCUCCAUUCUUCUUGAAUAACUGGAGGACAUGAGCUGGCCCCCGGAGAGGUACAUCCGAAGGCAGGGCUUGCCGCUCUUCAGCUACGCACCACUUAGCCUGCCCUCGACAGAUUCUGCAAACUCCAAUCAGGCUAAUCUGUGUGAGCAGCUGGACUCUUGGGUGCAUUUUUUUUGACCAGGACCCAGAGUCAGAACCUCGUGAGGUUUUGCCCAUUGGAGGACAGUGUCAGCUGCUUCUUCUAUCUUUUGUGUUCCACUGUCCAAUACGCUUGAAAAUAAAAGAAAUAAUAUUUUCUUAUUGCCUUUUCCUGUCUCCAUUUAGCAAACCUUUCCCCACGCCCCCCAUUUCUUGGGGUCUGAUCCUGCUCCCAUUGAAGUCAAUGGCAGAAUUCCCAUUUGUUAUCAAUGUUGUGGGAUCUGGCUCUUUCGUUUCUAAUAAAGCACAAACUAACUUGGUUACUGUUGUUGGCCUCUCUGCAAAGCUCAUUUCCUGACCAGAACUUCCCCAGCCUUCAUGUCCAUGUCCAUCUCCAUUGGCUGUUACCUGUCAGGUGCACAGACACUGAUGAAGUCUGCCCAUAUGUGUGUAGCUCUUGAUGCGAGCGUGUGCAGGUUUUAAUUUCUUGCUGUAGAGGAACAGGGAUGAUUCUGCAUCAAAUUGUGUCUGAGCUAUGUGUGACUUUGUACAAACCUAGGGAAUGUCGCUUUGUUUCCUUGUGUGGGAAAGACCCCAAUGUGAUAAGUGAGAUUUGAAUUCUGCCCUGCUACAUUUUAAUGAUCUGUAUGAAAUGCACAAUUAGAGGAAUACGUUGUCUUAUAAAAAAAAAUGUUAAAUAUCCUGAUAUAAUUUUAUAUUGUAGAUUAUUUUUAAUCUCAAUCUCUCUCUAUAUAUAUAUUUAUUUCAGAUUUGAGGCUUGCAUACUGAACAUGUAAUUAUAUAUGCUCUAAAAUAAACUUCAAGCUGGGGGGGUGAAUUUGCUCCUCCGUCCUGCAUAGAUGGGUUAUAACCACAAGUACAAUGUGCAGGCAGGAGGCAUUGAAGAUUACAGAGCUCUGCUACUGCACCUGUUUUCCUGAUCUAACCUCUCUCUGCUCUGCCAGUCCCAGUCCUCCCUUUGGAUCUUGGUCCUACACUACAGCCCACUACUCUUUCAAAUCUCACCCCCCCCACCCAAGAGUUAUAAAUUAAUGGAGAUAUCCCAUCUCCUAGAACUGGAAGGGACCUUGAAAGGUCAUCAAGUCCAGCCCCCUGCCUUCACUAGCAGGACCAAGGACUGAUUUUGCCCCAGAUCCCUAAGUGGCCCCCUUAAGGAUUGAACUCACAACCCUGGGUUUAGCAGGCCAAUGCUCAAACCACUGAGCUAUCCCUCCCCCCAUCGAUGUUUCCCAACCCAAUCGAUCUAAAGUAUUAAUUGAGCGCUGGUCAUUGUAGCAUGUAAGUGCUGGUCUGUGUUCCUCUUCUGCUGGGCCUUUGAUGCAAACUUGCCAAUGCAGCACAACCCUCUAUGCUAUUCCAGUCCUGGGUCUCCAAAACCAUUCGGCCAGUGCACCUCAAUGCUCACCUUGAGCUUGUUGGGGUAUAGACUUCUGCUUUCCUCCCGUUCUGGAAUGCGAAGCCACUAGCACAUAUACUGUGUCUAUUCCAGUGCAAGACCACCUACAGAUGUAUGGAACUUCAGUGACUGGAUCUCCAUAUAUGAUGGCCCAUUGGGCAGACUCUGUUUUUUCUCUUGCCUCAGUUUGGGGAGGGAGUGGGGGUGGGAAACUGAUACCACAGGUUCCUGUAAAUGCAAGUGAAGCCCUGACUUUAAUGUGGUUGAAAAUGAUGAUAUAACACUCAUUGAAUUUAAACAGCGGUUCUCCCUCUUUUCCAUCCUAGGCCCCCUUCCCAUCUAGCUGAAAUCUCCAUUUAGCAACAUGGGAAGGAUGGGGUGAUGGUGAUCCCAACAUUUGUUUGUGACAGUCCCUAUCCCUGUUCUAGUAGUUGCAACUCCCAAGAUGAGAACCCCUUAUUUAAAAGAAGCCAGAAGCUGCUCAAGCCUGGAUUUCAUUUGUAAAUCCAGACCACAGAGCAUUAAAAGAACAAACAGGUAAAGUGCAGAUGAGAAAAUAUAUCAUUUAUCAUUGUGUUGUUACAAAUGCACACCAGAAUAGCUGAUACCACCUAGCACUUAUGUAGUGCUUUUUCAUCAUUUGUUCUCAAAGUGCUUAACUAAGGAGAUCAAUAUAAUUAUUCCCAUAACAACUUGAUCAGUCACCUAGCAGGUCAGUGGUACAGACAGGACUAGAAUCUAGGUCUCCUGAGUUCUAGUCCUGCAUUCUCUCCACUAGGCCACACAGUCUCAGCAUGAGAGAGAAUUGGUAGUAGUGACCAAAUGUUACUUCCAUCUGAAAGAGGUAGAAAGAGAAUUGACCCCAGAUCUACAGCUAGGGCCUUUCAUUAGAGAUUACUGGGAUGGCAGAAUAGUAAGGUCAGGAGCAUAGUAUAAGAACUAGUACUCACAAGCAUAUUGUACAAGAAGCUCCUUUUCUCUGCUGGGAUUUCCAGGUUGACUCAGGGCAGUAGAUGGUCUUUGUUUGUUUCUUGCCUCCAAAAACUGCAGCUCAAUACCUUUCAAAGUGGUGCACUGCGUUUUAGGCACAUAACUCACCAUAACUUUAAUGGAAGUCAUGCAGCUAAACCCACGUGCAUCACUUGAAAAAUGGAGGGGUUAAAAUGCAGCCCCAUAUUAGUUGCCCAGGAGUGACGCUCCUAUCUCAGUUCUGAGAGUAGGGAGAGCAAUUAUUUACUUAUUUAGUUGACAGCAGGACUCCAAUAAAGAAGUGCUUUUCAAAAGGAUCUUUUGAGUUCAGAGUGUAGUUAAUCACAGGGCAAUGUCAUGCACAUUUGAAAUGUGGAUCGCUUCACUGUAUUUGCUCUCUGAUUUAAAGAAGCCAGUCCUGAAAGCAAAAGCAAAAAGUACGAGUAUUCUGCCCAGCCAAUCUUAAAGAGAAAGAAAGCAAGCUGCCACCAAAAAUCAAGGUUCUUCUCUGAGUUGUCUUAGAGAGUGUCUAAAAUCACUUCAAAAUCACUAGGUCAGUACUCCCUAGAUAAGAGGAAGGUGUGAAACCACUAGCAAUGCAAUAUUGAGUUCAGUUUUUCAGGAGGUGAAUUAGGAUGGUGGUAGGCAUGUGGAAAUACUUUCAUUUGUAGCCUGAUGUUUUCAGUUUCUAAAGGAGUCUGGAAAGGCAGAUGGUUUCAAACCGUAAAAUGUUAAUGAUAAAAAUGCCAAGUGUGGUCAGUGGCUAUUGGAAAAGCUUUUUAUUAUUGUGAUUAGAGCAAUCGUAUGUAAGAGUGGGGAGGUAAAUUUGGAUCAUACCUGAAUUUAUUGAGAGUUUAGUACAACUGGGCUAAAGUGAAAGUUCACAAGCAAGUGGUAGGAGGAAGCUUUCAAUCUGGGGCCGCAGAACUCCACCAACCUACACUCGCCCCAGCCCUGCAGCUGCAGUAGGCUGCAGAGUUACAAGUGAUACAUCACCAGAAAAAACAACGAGGAGUCCUUGUGGCACCUUAGAGACUAACAAAUUUAUUUGGGCAUAAGCUUUCAUGGGCUAAAACCCACUUCAUCAGAUGCAUGGAGUGGAAACUACUGUAGGGAGGUAUAAAUAUACAGCCCAUGAAAAGAUGGGAGUCACCAGAAAAAAUUCUCAUUGGAUGAUUGUUUCCAAGGCAUGACAUUUGCUAGCUGCUUUUGGAAACAGUAACUUUUAUACAAAUUAAACCUGUGAAUAUCCUGCUGUAUUUUUCUGUGCACUUGCAGCACAGAGAUAACAGCUUUAACAUAGAAUGCAGCAAACUGAAUGAAAAGAGAAUUUGAGCUAAUUUGGAAAUUAAAGGCAAAACUCUGUUAUCUGCGCUGCAAAUUGCGAUUGUAUCUUUGCUACUCGUUGUGUGAACUGUCAUUGACACCAGUAGACUUGCCAAUGUUGUAACCAAUACAACAGAGCCCUGCAGGGCAGGUAAGUGAUCUGUAGUGUGACUCAGAUGGAGAGAACAUUAGUUAGCGGCAAUCAGAAUUUUAGGGUAGCUAAGCUGAUGUGGUACAGAAUAGGACAUCCGUUAAUGUGUCACAAAGAUAUGACUCACCACUGCAGUAAAGGAGAGGAAAAAAAAGCUUGAAGUAAAUUAGUGGAAGUUAUUUUUGCUUAUAUUUGCCUAUCUUUAAUGGGCUUCCUAACCAGGAUUUUGGUGCAAUGACAAAAGACACACAUACGCCAUAUCCCUUAAAGACUCCAAGGUCUUUGAAUUAUACCCAUUGCAUGGUGCCCUCGGAUUUUAAGGCUUUGUAUCCAUAGACCUUGCUGCAGAUUUUAGCAACCAUGCAUCCACAGUUUAACCUGUGCCUGAACACCAUGUGGUAGGUCAGUGUGGCUAGAUCCAACGCUGCUAGAAUGCUGGGGUUGGGGAAAGGGGGAAAUGUGCUACCCAGUAACAUCACAACUACCUACUGUCUCAUUGCUUGGAAAACGCAGCAGAACUGCUUGUUUGCAGAGACAUCCUUACAACAUACUUGUACAGAACUGUUUUUUGUUAAUAGAAAACGAAUGAGUUUUGACUGUUAAAUUAUCUGUGUGAUGAGAUUUGUCUGUGCUGAGUAAGAUGCGCAGUGCUAUAAAAAUAACACACAGGUGCUGAAGGGGCUGCUUUGGCAUUUUAUUGGAUUGUUUUGUAAACUUGUAAUGAUUUGUUUGUCAUGUUAAUUAAGAGCUAGCAGUUCCCUGCUAUCAUUUUUCUGAAUAGUUAAUAAAAUGGCCAUGAUACA